UUGUCCGCUGGCGGGCCGGCGCGAUUAUUCCGGUUUUGCCCGGACUGACCGCCGCCGUCCCCUCCCUCCCGGCCCCUCCUCCGAGGCUCACCGCGCCGAGCUUUUCGUAGGGAAGGCGGUUCGGGACUCGGCCCGGGGCCACCGGGGCCCAGCCCCGCUCCAGGCUCGGAUGGGAGGCGGCGGGCGGAGCGGCCGGGGAUGUUCGGUCUGAUGGCCAAUUGCUGCAGCUGGUUCCAGCGGCGGCAGGAGCCCGUCAGAAAGGUGACUCUUGUGAUGGUGGGACUUGAUAAUGCUGGUAAAACAGCAACAGCAAAGGGAAUCCAAGGAGAAUGUCCCGAAGAUGUUGCUCCUACUGUUGGAUUUUCCAAAAUUGACCUUAGACAAGGAAAGUUUGAAAUCACCAUCUUUGACUUGGGAGGUGGAAAAAGAAUUCGGGGAAUCUGGAAGAAUUACUAUGCUGAGUCCUAUGGGGUAAUAUUUGUCGUGGAUUCCAGUGAUGAAGAGAGAAUGGAAGAGACAAAAGAGACAAUGUCAGAAGUGCUAAGACAUCCUAGGAUAUCAGGAAAGCCUAUAUUGGUGUUGGCAAAUAAACAAGACAAGGAAGGGGCUUUAGGAGAAGCUGAUGUGAUUGAAAGUCUGUCUCUGGAAAAAAUGGUCAAUGAACACAAGUGCCUAUGUCAGAUAGAACCUUGUUCAGCAAUCUUGGGAUCUGGAAAGAAAAUUGACAAAUCCAUUAAAAAGGGCCUUUAUUGGCUACUAGAUAUCAUUGCAAGAGAUUUUGAUGCCUUAAAUGAACGCAUCCAAAAGGACACAACAGAACAACGUGCUCUUGAGGAACAAGAGAAACGAGAAAGGGCUGAACGAGUGCGAAAAUUACGAGAAGAAAGAGAACAAAGAGAGCGAGAGCAGGCUGAACUCGAUGGAACCGAUGGUCUGGCUGAGGUGGAUCCAGAACCAAUUAUUGUUAAUCCUUUCCAGCCGAUAGCGACUGUAAUCACUGAGAAUGAAAAAAAACUUGAAAGAGAGAAAAAGAGGCAAAAUGCGGAGAAAGACUGUGAUGCUUGCCCCCUGAGAAAUAAAAUGGAGUGUGAGCAGAUGGAGACACAGAGCCAGAUCAGUGACAGUAGCCAAAAAAGCAAUGAGUUUGGAACCAUAGAAAACUAUAACGAAGCAUUAACACAGCAGUUGGAGAAUGAAGAUGAGGCAGACCAGCCAUCAUCAGAAUCAGAUAACAGUAAAAAGAAAACUAAGAGACUAAGAAUAAAAAGAAGUCACCGUGUAGAACCCGUUAAUACAGAUGACUCUGCUCCUAAGAGCCCAACACCACCCCCGCCGCCCCCUCCUGUUGGCUGGGGAACACCCAAAGUCACUAGACUUCCAAAACUUGAGCCUGUUGGUGAAACACGUCAUAAUGAUUUUUAUGGGAAGCCACUGCCUCCAUUGGCGGUGCGACAGAGGCCAAACAGUGAUGCUCAUGACAUGAUCUCAUAACCAAGUCGUACAGAUGAGCCGUCUUAAUAUCAGCAAGAUGAACUAGAAGACCUUUCUGAAAAAAUAAAACCCUGUACAUUGGUGACUGGGACAAGAUGACCAUAGCAAUUUCAGUGAGGAAAUUGAUAACCAAAGAUCUCACUGAUCUGAUAAUUACUUAUCCAUGUUGUU